AUGUUCUCCUCUGCUUUCAAGUCAUUCAACUCAAACAUCACCGCAAAUUACGAGGUAUCAAAACAACCCACAGCGACAGCAGGAGUUUGGACGAUAUUCGACGCCAAGAAGAAGAGCACUAAUGCCCAGGCCUCGAUCUUCGUCUUCAAGCGCGAAUCACUUGAAGUCCGCAGUGACGGUUUUGGAGCCAGGUCAAGUGCGACUUCGAUUCGGAAAGUCCAAGAUGAAGUCGUCGAGCGGCUCAAGAAGGAGGCCAGCAGUCUAGCACGAUUACGCCAUCCCUCAGUCCUCCAGCUAGUUGAGCCGGUAGAAGAGACUCGUAGCGGAGGGCUGAUGUUCGCUACUGAGCCAGUGGUCGCCUCCCUUGGGGGUAUCCUUGCUCAAAAGGAUGCGGCGGAGUCCUCGGGCAAUCGAUCGCGUUCAGAGAGGAAUUCGCAGGCCUUCCGGACCGUUGAGCUAGAUGAGCUUGAAGUCCAAAAGGGCCUUUUGCAGGUGGCCAAGGGUCUGGAGUUCCUACAUGACUCUGCGAAACUAGUCCAUGGGAACUUCAAUCCCGACGCUGUCUUCGUCAACGCAAAAUCAGACUGGAAGAUCUCCGGUCUGGGCUUCGCAGGACCAGCCGACGGUGCCGAAGGACACCAGUCAAUACCGCAGAUAUCGUUGAGUGAAGUCCUUCAUCACGAUCAGAGAAUUCCACGAAGUGUUCAACUGGAUAUGGACUACACUUCUCCAGACUUUGUGCUCGAUGCGAAUGUCACCUUUGCCGCCGACAUCUUUUCACUCGGACUCGUGCUCUUGGCAUGCUACCGAAAGCCGCACACAUCACCCUUCGAGACGAAUGGCAGUCAGUCCGCUUACAAAAAGAUAUGCAGUACAACGAGUACUGUGCCGAACCCAAGCAACAACUAUCUUUCUGCAAAUCAGUUGCCGAGAGAGCUUGCUUCGACUCUGCCGCGUGUCCUAGCCAGACGGCCUGCGUCGAGGAUGACAGCAACCGAGUUCCAGCAGUCAGAGUAUUUCGACAACAUCCUUGUCAACACCAUGCGCUUCCUCGAUGCUCUACCAGCAAAGACUCCAGCUGAGAAAUCACAGUUCAUGCGUGGUUUGGGUCGAGUAAUGCCACAGUUUCCACCAUCAGUGCUCGGAAAGAAGGUCCUAUCGGCUUUACUUGAUGAGAUGAAAGACAGAGAUUUGCUAGCAUUGAUCCUUCAGAACAUCUUCGCCAUCGUCAAAGCAAUACCAAACAGCAAAGAAGCCGUGUCUGACAAGGUCCUACCGCAAGUGAAAGAAGUGUUUUUAGCAAAAUCGAAGUCCGAGGAACGUGACACUAGCAGGGAAGCUGCCCUUCUAGUGAUUCUUGAGAACAUCAAGCUGCUUGCAGACAAUUGUACCGCCAAGCAGUUCAAGGACGAUGUAUUGCCAAUUGUGCAGGUAGCCAUGGAGUCGACGACACACUCUCUGACAGACGCGGCUCUCCAGACUGUACCAGUCAUCUUACCUCUGAUCGACUUCUCGACCGUCAAGCACGAGCUCUUUCCAAUCGUAGCCAAUGUCUUCGCGAAGACUUCCAGCCUAAGCAUUAAGGUUCGCGGUCUGGAGGCCCUUGGCGUGCUAUGUGGUGUCUCGUCAGCCAGUAUGUCACGCCCUGACGACCUGUCCGGUCGAAUGGAAAACGAGCAGCACGACAAGAAUAUAUCCAGUCUGGACAAAUUUACGAUGCAGGAGAAAGUGGUGCCUCUGCUGAAAGGCAUCAAAACCAAGGAGCCCGCUGUGAUGCUAGCGGCGCUCAAGGUGUUCCGCCAGGUUGGCCAAGCAGCCGAUGCAGAGUUCCUCGCCACAGAGGUUCUACCAGUCCUGUGGACGUUUGCUCUUGGUCCGCUACUGGAUCUAGCGCAGUUUCAAUCUUUCAUGCAAGUCAUCAAGGCCAUCUCGGGAAAGAUUGAGAAAGAGCAGGUGCGCAAAUUGCAAGAGCUGGGUACUGGUCGGGCGGUCUCUGAGUCUCGAAGUGCUUCUUCCGCAGCUCCCGUCAGCAACGGCUUUGCUGGGGCGGGCUCCACGCAGGCAACGGGCAACGAAGACGACUUUGCUAAGCUGGUUCUGGGCAACAAAACCGCAACACGGAAUGAUCCUUUCGCGGGAGCAUUGAGCGAUGGAGAAAGGCUCACGCAGAAUCCACCCACGUUUUCUUGGUCCUCGACCAACAAUCCAGGGGUUGUCUCGCAACCCCAGCGCUCAUUCACACCAAAUAUGACGGCACUACAACCUCAAGCUCCUUCGCGCUCAGUCACACCAGAUGUCUCGGCGGCAUCAUUUCCGUCUUUGCAGCCUUCUACGAGCGGUUCAACAUGGAAUCAACCGGCGACUCGACCAUUGCAAUCGCCUAGCUAUGGUGUGGCUGCUGUCACAAGUCCAGCAUUGGCAUCUUCGCAACAGCGCUCCGGGCUGGCAUCUCCUCCGAUCCUGCCACCUCCACCCAGCAACCCGACAUUCAGCAAUACGGCUUGGCAGCAGCCGAACUACAAUAUCGCACCACCUCCGUCUGCACCGGUAUCUGCACAACCUCAGCAGAGGGUUCCCCAGCAGAAUCCUUUGAGCGUACUGCAGCCACAGCCAAGAGGGGUACCGCAGGCUUUUCAGGCCCAGAAGAGUGGAUUGGAUAAGUACCAGUCGCUGCUGUGA